GGAAAUACCCGGAAAACGUACUUCACUGUCACUACGCUUCUGGGCGGUUCCAAUUCCGCUCUAGCCGCGGACACUGGGGAACCCGAGAGCUGCGAUAAGUAAAAACGAUAAAUAAAUAGAAACAUGGCGACCGCUCACAAAAGCGUACACGGAUAACAUAAUUCUAGAUGUAGUAAGGGAAGUUUUAAUGCAUUCUCCGUGAGUCUAUAUCAUAAUUUGAUGCUGCAAGCGCCCUUUUUAGAUCUACGACACGGAGGGAAUCAUUCUCGCAGGUGAAAGGAGCAAGUUGCCUUAGACCUAAAUGUCAGCGAUCUGUCCUCUGGCUGUGUGAACCAGCAGGUGAGCUGCGAUGGCGGAGGCCCCUCGCGUGGCUGAUUACUUCGUGAUGGCGGGGCUGACGGGGCGCUCCGCCCCGCUGGAGCCCGAGCUGGCGGAGGGGAAGGCGGGCGGCGUGCCCCAGGGACCCAUCACGGACCUGGCCGUCAUCAACCGCACGGCGGGCGAGGCCCCGCCCCCGGGCUUCAGCUGCCUGGAGACCAGCCGCGGCGGACAUCCCGCCAACCUCAACCACGGCAGCGUGGCCAGCCCCGAGAUCUUCCUCUGCUACCGGAGGGGGAGGGACAAGCCCCCGCUCACCGACGUCGGGGUGCUGUACGAGUGGAAGGAGCGGCUGAUCGCGGGCUGUGAGGUCAUCCAGGCCACGCCCUACGGCCGCUGCGCCAACGUCAACAACAGCUCGGCCUCGUCUCAGCGGAGCUUCAUCACGCUCCGCCGCGCCCCGCGCACCCGCCCCCAGAACGCCCUGUCCGUCACCGACAUCUGCGUCAUCGUCGCCAGCAAGGGGGAGGCCCCGCCCCACACCUACUGCAAGGUGGACAAGAACCUCAACUGCGGCCUGUGGGGCUCCAGUGUGUUCCUGUGCUAUAAAAAGUCUGUUUUUGCGUCCAACUCGAUCGCUUACAAGGCAGACCUGCUGUUCAGAUACCCGCAGGAGGACUACGAGGCCUCGCCCCUGUCGGACUCCGUGCCGCUGUUCUGCCUGCCCAUGGGGGCCACGCUGCAGUGCUGGGGCCCCUCCAGCCUGCACCCCCUGCCCAGCUUCUCCACCUUCGUCCUGACCGGAUCCUCCGCAGAGAAGGUGUAUGGUGCCGCGGUGCAGUUCUACGAGCCCUACCCUGUGGAGUCACUGACGGAGAAACAGAGGGAGCAGCUGUGCUUACCUGGCCCUGCUGCCGAGGGGGAGGGCCCUGGUGCCGAGGGGGAGGGGCCUGGUGCCGAGGGGGAGGGGCCUGGUGCCGAGGGGGAGGAGUCUGGUCCGAACAGGCUUGUGUACACCAAUAAGAGCCUCUGCCUGCUGUCUCGCUGGCCCUUCUUCCUGGCUUUCCGGAAGUUUCUCAUGUUCCUGUACAAGCUGUCCAUCUCCAGCCCCCAGCCUCUGCCCAUUGAGAAGCACAUCUCCCAUUUUAUGCACAAUGUGUGUUUCCCCUCCCCCCAGAGGCCAAGGAUACUGGUGCAGCUCUCUGCACAUGACACUUUGAUUCUCUCCAAGCCCAUCAGCACACCUUUACCUCUCAGCGGGGCGGAUUUCAGCACGCUGCUGUCGAACCUGGGCCCGGAGAACUGCAGCACGCUGCUGCUGCUGGUGCUGCUGGAGAGCAAGAUCGCCCUGCACUCCCUGCGCCUGCCUGCGCUGACGGGCGUGGCCGAGGCCGUGGCCGCGAUGACCUUCCCGUUCCAGUGGCAGUGUCCGUACGUCCCGCUGUGCCCCCUGUCCCUGGCAGGGAUCCUGAACGCCCCCUUGCCCUUCAUCGUGGGCCUGGACUCGCGAUACUUCGACCUCCACGACCCCCCCGCCGACGUGGUCUGUGUGGACCUGGACACCAACACCAUCUACCUGUCAGAAGACAGGAAGCAGUUCAGCCUUCCGAAGAAGCCACGUAAGAGCCUGGUGGCCUCGCUGACCAGCCUGUACGACCAGCUCACCAGCGUCCGCAGGAGUGCCCAGGCAGACCUCCCGGCGGAGAUGACCCCCAUGGAGGCAGACUUCUCCUGGCAGAAGAGGAUGAUGGGACUGGAGAUGGAGAUUCAGGAGGCCUUCCUCCGCUUCAUGGCGUCCGUGCUGAAGGGAUACCGCUGCUUCCUCAAGCCCAUCAUCGAGGCGCCCUCCAAGAAGGCCACCGCCGCAGACUCCCUGUACGACCUGCAAGGCUUUCUGAAGAGCCGGGAGCGAGCGUCUCAGAAGUUCUACGCUCACCUGACCAGGACGCAGGCGUUCGUGCGCUUCGUUGAGGAGUGCAGCUUCGCCAGCGAGAAGGGCACGGGCCUGGCCUUCUUCGACAGCUGCAUCGAGAAGGUGGACGGGGACCCUAGGGAGGACAGGCUCAUUGAGCUGGAUGAGUCUGAGAAGAGUGACCUCACCGUGUUCGUCAUGCCCCCCGAACCCCCCCCUGAGGACGGCCCAGACCCCCCCCUUCUCUACAGCUAUCAGGACUUCCCGUGUCUUCGCCUGGAGCUGUUCGACCCCCCCUCCCAGAUGAGUCCAGUCCCCAGCAUCGGGCCCGCAACAACCAACGUAUCCAAUAGCCCCGCCCUCCUGGCCAAGAGGACCAAUCAGGAGAUGAAGCAGUCGUGGAAGAAGGCUCGUUGGUAUCACUCCCACGCCCCUCUGUGGGCGAAGUGCCUGUUCAGCCAGGUGUACAGCCUGUGGUUCCUGUGCCUGCCGGGCCGUGUGAGCAGCGCCCCCUGCAGGCUGCGGGCACUACAGCAGGCCCACGCCCUGCUGCUGAGGAUGAGCCGCAGCACUGAGGGAGAGCUGCUGGAGGAGGUGUGCUACCGCGUGGUGAUGCAGCUGUGUGGCAUCUGGAGCCUGCCUGUCAUGGCUGUGCGUGUGAUGAUGGAGAUGAAGAACACCGGCGUACAGGCCAACGCCAUCACCUACGCCUACUACAACAAGGCCGUGCUGGAGGGUCCGUGGCCGAGUCAGAACCGAAGCGGCUCCUUCCUGUGGGCCAAGGUCCGCAACGCCGUGCGAGGAGCCGCGCAGUUCCGGCAGGCACUGAGGAGGACGGCUUCUUCCGAAGGACCCCUGGGCCUCAGCGCAGGAAGUGACAUGGAUGGGAUCAGCGGUGAGGAACACACCCUCUUCUCCCGGAGCCUCGUUGCCGGGGGCAACGCCAGCACCAACCACCGCAGUGCAGGGGAGGAGGAGGCGGGGUCAGUGCACAGUGCUGUGGGUUUGGACCCGCCCCUGAGCCCUAUGGACACGCCCCUUCCAGGGCCGAGCAUCGUCAGGCUGUCCACAGGAAGUGCGGACGGCUCCACAGGAAGGAGCAGCGGGCCGAGGAAGCUCUUCACCUCUCUGGGUGAGGAGGUGUCUCUCCCCGAGGAAGGGGGCGUGGCCGUCUCCCCAGGUGGCGCCGGGGAGGCGGGGCUCCGGAAGUCGCUGGGGCGGAGCUUCAGUGUCGAGAGCCGGGCGGGAAUGCUGGAGACCAGCGCUGACCGGAUGGCCGUCGCCAUGGCAGCCGACGCCAAGAUCCUGGAAGCCGCUCUCUCCGGGUGCAAGACCCCGCCCUCCACCCCCUUCACGAGUCCGGAGUCCUUGGAGGGGGAAGGUCUGUUCUUUGAGCCCCUGUCUGAAUUAGGGGAGGCCAGAUUGCAGGAGGGGGAGGGGGACCCGGUCGCACCGAUGAUGGCGCCUCAAAGCCUGGAUCUCCGCCCCAACCUGAACAGCCCCCUGGGGCCCAAGUCCUUCAGCGUGGAGCUGCACCAGCAGGGGGCGCCGGCGAGGGGCGAGGACGAGGCGAAGCUCGCCGAGAGACGAUCCAGCCUCCCCACCAGCCCCAGGUCGCCUAGCGACGAGGCGGCCAAUCGCAGCCCGGGCGUGGCCCGCUCCAGCACCUUCCAGGCCCCGCCGCCGCCGGGCCGCAGCCCCGCCAAGAACCGGCGGUCCUACUCGCUCACCGCGCUGGUGCGCUCCUCCCCCCGGGAGUCCCUGGGGAACCUGGGCUCCCUCAUCGGGUCACUCUCCGGCCUGCGCGUGGAGCAGCUCCUGGCCAAGCCCAAAAUGGACCAGCUGCUGACCGGGCCCAAGAUGGACGCCCUGAAAUCCGGCAUGAAGCAGGCCGCCAACGUCGCCAGCAAGAUGUGGGGCGCCGUGGCCUCGGCCUACGCCUACUCCGACGACGAGGAGGAGGAGGAGGAUGGUGAGGGUAGGGGGCUGCCCCACUCAGAGGAGACAGAAGGCCCCAGGGCCCUGCCUCCCGGUUUGGGCUCCAACCGCCUCAACCACAGCUGCACCAGCCUGGAGAGCAGCAACAGCAGUGUGAAUCCGGGUCACUCAGGGAGGGGGGCGGAGUCUGAGAGGUGGGAGCAGAGCUCCUCUCUCCACGCCAGCUCCUCCAGCCUCAACCACAACUUCGCCCUGGAGGUGCUGAUGUCCAGCUGCUCCCAGUGCCGCUCCUGCGAGGCUCUGGUGUACGACGAGGAGAUCAUGGCGGGCUGGACGCCCGACGACUCCAACCUGAACACCUCCUGCCCCUUCUGCAAGAACACCUUCCUGCCCCUGCUGCACGCCGAGUUCAGGGACCUGAGGGGCCAGCCUGGCGUCCUGCUUCAGCCCAGCAGGUCAGGUGACAGUAUCCAUAGCAACAGCGCUCCCCUGCCAUCAGAGUCAGCUGACCAGAAGGACGAGGCCUCUGCGGUGGUUGCUGACCUCAUCAAUUUUGAGGAGCCCCCGUCGGAGGGCCCGACAGGGGCCCCUGGGGGCCCGGGCGCCCUGCAGAAGGGGCCCAGUCGGGACCCCCAGCUGCUGAAUUGGGGCGCCCCCCUGACCCGCAGCAACAGCAUGAGUGACUCUCUGCAGCGGCGGGGCUCCCCCCAGGGGCCCUCCCCCCAGGGCCCCUCCGCCCAGGGGCCCUCCCGCGGGGUGUCCACCACCAGCCUGCCCUGCAGCCUGCAGGGGGCGCCGGAUGCCGCGGGGCAGAGGAGGCCCAACCCCCAGCCGGUGUCGGUGCCGUACCUGAGUCCCCUGGUUCUGCGCAAGGAGCUGGAGUCGCUGCUGGAGAACGAGGGCGGCCAGGUGGUCUGCACCCACACCUUCCUCAGCCAGCACCCCAUCCUCUUCUGGAACCUCCUGUGGUACUUCCGCCGGCUCGACCUUCCCAGCGACCUGCCGGGCCUGAUCCUCACCUCAGAGCACUGCAACGGCGGCGUGCAGCUGCCUCUGACGCAGCUGUCCCAGGACAGUAAGCAGGUGUACGUGCAGCUCCUGUGGGACAACAUCAACCUGCACCAGGAGGCGGGGCAGCCCCUCUACCUGCUGUGGAGGACGUUCUUGCAGAAGAAAGGGCUGCUAGCUCCCACAGAUCACCGGGAGACCAGAGACCUGCUGAACGGCGUCGUGGGAAACAUCCAGAAGAGCCGCGUUCAGGAACCCAUUAGCCUGCUCAUACAGGAGGUCCAAAAGAACCCCGGCGCCAAACGCCAGAGGAGUAUCUACAGAGAGAUCCUCUUCCUGUCCCUGGUAGCUCUGGGGAGGGAGUACAUCGACAUCGAGGCCUUUGACCGUGAGUACAGAGAGGCCUUUGAAGAGCUGAGCCCUGAGGAGCGCGAGGUCCUCUCCCCCAUCGACCGGCCCCCGAGCCCCAGCGUGCAGUGGUGCCGCAAGUGCUUCGGCACGCCUGUCAUCUGACAGCGCCCCCUGCAGGACUGGAGGAGUACAGCGCCACCUGCAGUCCUGGAGUACAGCGCCCUCUGCAGGACUGGAGGAGUACUGUCCUGUCCUGGUGGAUGCUGAGUCGUAGGAGAAAGGCGUACUUUCACGCCGUGAAGCUCUCUGACACUCACGUCCACUUUUUCUCAGCCUCAUUCCGCUGUUCUGCCUGCCUUAACUCAGUUUUAUAUUGUGUCCUAAACUCCAGAAGUCCCAUGCCGUCAGGGAGCGGGGGAGAGUUUUGUUCUUUUUUGCUUCUGAAGCCAGCCUUGAAACGCAGAACACAACAUUCCUGACGUGUGGAGUCAUUAAAGACGGUCGGUUAGAGUAAUUUAAGAAAUUGAGAAAGAGUCUCGGGUUAGUGUCGUAUGCACAUUAUGGAGUGUGAGUGUCCAUUACUGCCCCCUGGUGGCUCAGCGUAGCAUUGACGGCGAGUGUAAUGCCUGCACAGCCCAGAAAGCUUCGUUCUGAAGGUCUCAAAAAGGCACUCUGCAGACCUUUUUAUCUCAUGACCUGUACGUACUCAUCACAUGUAUAUAAAGAGACAUUUUUAAUUAUACAUUUUACCCAUUUGCACUUUGGGGAACUGUUGAUCGUGAGAGACCCUUUCGCCUGACCUUUGGUAAAUACAUUGUUUCUGCGAGCGAUCGCACCAGUUUCAGUUUUAAAAUGGCGGCCGCAACUGGGGUGGGACGGGGGGGUGGAGAGAGUGAGCAGGGUCGGGGUCGGGCCGUUUCAUUUUGUUGAACAAGUUAGAACAAUUUUAAUUUGUUGGGAGGUCUGUAGCGAUUGCUAUCCCAGAGUUCCCUCAUCCUGUAGCCGUGUUGGUGAGAGAAUGGAAGGGGCGAUGGCGGACAGGGAGUCGGGUGGCUCCCAGCUCCCUCACAGUCCUGAAGACUGCACUCAUCUCUACUGUGAAAAAACAGGCCUGGCGCAGUGCCUUCGGCCCCCUGCAAGGGGAGCCUCGUCUAAAUCUCCAGUUUAUAAGUGGCUCUUUGAUUGACGCCACACAUCUCCAUGUUACGUCGCAUCUGUGCUCUGUAAAUGGAGCAGGCUUUUCCCCCCCUCGCAGGUUUGUGACCAAACAUGAAUUCAGUAGCUGCAGCUGAGUAGCCUGUCCUUUAGUGUGUGUGUGUGUGUAUGUGUGUAUUUUAAAGGAGUAUGCCAACAUUUUGGGAAAUAAACCUUUUUUCUGACUUACCCAGACUUAAGGCGAGAUGUUCGAUUUCAUUUUCACUUCUGUGCAUUCACUGGCUCGGGUUCCAUGUUAAGCAUACCGUGUUAGCUUAGCACUUGACUUGAAGCCGAUAGGGGUCAGUAGCCUACCUCCAUCAAAGUGAAGAAAUACACCUGACCACAUACUCCGAAGCUUGUCUUAUUUGAAGAAAACAUUUUUUAAUGUUGUUUUCGGGGAAGUUAGACUGUUGGAACUAUAACCGCUGAACUUUAUGUAUCCUUUUUGGCUAGCUUCUGAAGGUGCAGAUCACUGCGCUCAACCAGCAGAAGACCGAGGGAUACAUGUGUGGUCAAGGUAUAUUUCCCCAAAAUGUUGGUGUACUCCUUCAAAUUAUAAAUGUUCCUGAUAUUGUGUAAAAUUGUGUAAAACCCAGUUUCAGGUCUUGUGUUGUUAUUGUGGCUCUUUCAGUGAAGACAACCCAAAGACGUUGCUGAGAAUGCGCUUUUCCCAUCAAGGAAAAACCACCACCGUGGUGCAUGUGCUCCGACCUUUAUUUUCAUUUUUUGCAGAUAAAAUUGUACUGAAGAUCAUAAAUGUCCAUUUAUCAUGAUUUGAGAAUCGUAGGAGUUCCAACACUCCAAAGCAGCACAGAUCUGAAAUCACAGCUGGGAUCAGUUUUGCUCUCUUAGCUCAGAGUGGAAACGGUUAGUGCUACUGAUUGGCCAGACUGUCUUCCCACCAGGCUCCCAGGUGAAGGGAGGGUGAACACACCUGACUCCCAGGUAAAGGGAGGGUGGACACACCUGACUCCCAGGUAAAGGGAGGGUGGACACACCUGACUCCCAGGUGAAGGGAGGGUGAACACACCUGACUCCCAGGUAAAGGGAAGGUGAACACACCUGACUCCCAGGUAAAGGGAGGGUGAACACACCUGACUCCCAGGUAAAGGGAGGGUGAACACACCUGACUCCCAGGUAAAGGGAAGGUGAACACACCUGACUCCCAGGUAAAGGGAGGGUGAACACACCUGACUCCCAGGUAAAGGGAGGGUGAACACACCUGACUCCCAGGUAAAGGGAGGGUGAACACACCUGACUCCCAGGUAAAGGGAGGGUGGAUAAACAGCCGUUCUCUGCCCUCAUGCUGUGAUUUGAGGAACAUGGAUGAUCGAUUCUUCCAUGUACAAGCUCAUUUGCGAAGCAUAACCAUGGUCCUGGAGAGCCAAAUCCAUUUCUGCAUUCAAUCCCAACAUCUGCUCUUAAAUGACCCUACAGUGAUCAGACAGUGCAGCUACAUAACUCUGGAGUACGACUGGCAGCUGAGGGUGUGCUUUUGUUAGCGGGCGACACCGUGAAGCCGGGUCAGUGUGCACAGCUGGGUAACGGGACCAGGAACCUUAAAAGCAGAAAUGGAUUCAGCUCUCCAGGAGCCGGAUUCUCCAGCCAGUCUUGUUGAGUUGCAGAUGGACGUGGCCCCCCUACCGCCCAAUGGUUGGCGCUAUACCAAACGCACGUAAACUGUGAUGCAAUAAAUGUCCUGGUUUUUAAACUUA